CGUGUACGUGGUAACGUUUCGGAACACCGUGUUCCAAAUGACGGAUAACACAUUCGGCCGUUUCAAGGUUAUCAAAAGUACCGUACCGUUCUGUCUCGUCGCAGAACGUUUUAGAAUUUUUCGCAAACAGAGAGUGACAUAUUCGGUGAAUGGAGAUUGUAGAAUUUGUUCGCUGAACUGAUUUGUUCAUUUUUUAACUCUUCAUUUGUAAACGACACGUAUCUAAUGGAUGAUGAAUUAUUUGAUUCAUUGGAAUCAUUCGGUAGCGAGCCAGCCGAACUCAAACUCGGCUCGACAUUUUCCGGCAAAGGUCCUGGAUUCCAUACAUUAAGAUGUAAGUAAAUUCUUUACUCAAACUAUUAGACAAUACUGAAGAAUUUUGUCUUAUAUUAUGUAGAAUUAAUUCUAGUGUAUACAUAUUACAUUUAUUCCAAUAAUCUUAGACUCAAAAAACACUAUAUAAUAUACCUACUUGUAUAAAAUUAACAUUUUAAUUUUAUUUUUUUAAUAGAAAUAGGCAACUAGGUUGCUGAAAAAUAAAUUACAUUAGUUAAUCCAAAAAUAAUGCGUAUGGAUCCAAUUAUAAUUUAAACUUACUGUUAUCAUACAUUUUUUUUCUUAUUUAUUUUAUUUUCUUUAGUACUUUUUUUUUUUUAUACAAAUUAUGAUUUUAUAUUUAGAUACCUAUUUUAUUAUUGAUUUUGGUUGUCCUUAUAAUACAUUUUAAUAAAUAAUUUCAGAUGAUUUUAAACCUGCAAGUGUAGAUAGCAAUAAACCAGCUAGUGUUGAUAUAAGUUCAUCCAAUCGUGAAGUCACCGUUACAUUACCCAACUUUGAUGGUGCUGGUGCAUCACAUACAGUGUAUAAAGGAUCACACAAAGAUUACACAAAAGAAUGUGUUCUUAUCAUUGAUCAUACAACUGGAGAAAUUACAUUAGAAAAGCUUACUACUAAUGUACAAUUGAAAUCAACUAGGUAAUUAUCAAUAAUAUAAUUUAUAACAUUAAUUGGUAGUGGUGUUGUAUGCUAUUUACAUCACAAAUUGUAUCUACUUUUGUAUUAAUAUUGGUGCUGUAUGACAUCUAGCAAUAUUAUUUUAUCUCAAGUAUAAUAAUUAAUAACUAUGAAAUACCCAAUUAUUGAAAGUUACAAUACACUCUAAAUCUAAUUGGUAAAUUAAUUUAGAUAAAUUUGUAUAUAGUAUAAAAACUUUGAAACACUCGAUGCCACUAAGUUGUUGGAAAGGCAGCUUAAAGAAGAAUAGUGGCAUUCUAUAAAUCAUAAAGCAAAUAACACCUUUGAACAAUUUUUUAGCAUCAAUUAAAACUGUAUACCUAUCUACAAUAAUCUGAAUUGACAACUUACAUACAUAUGCAUAUAAUACAGGUAAGAAUAUUUUUUUUAUAAAAUGAUAAUAAUUUAAAAAAUUAUUACUAUUUUCCAAAAUAAAAAAAUAAUGUAAUGGUAGACAUGAUUGUAUAGAUAGCAUACGGCAACUACAAAGUUUGCAUAGAUAGCAUACAGCAUCACUACCCGUUAAUCUUUUUAUUUUUCACUUUCAUCCCAACUAUUACUAAUUAUUUAUUAAUACAAUUUUCAGAAAUGCGGUUGAGAAACCACAAAAACCUAUAGUACAGAUUAAUCCAGUUUUAUCUGAAAAAAAUAGAACAGCUUCUGUAGAUAAACGAUUAAAAGGCAAAAUACAACAAAAAAAACAAGUGAAAAAAUCUCCCAAGAAAGCUUCUCAGUCACCUAAAGUAGUGGCAAAUAUGUCACCACCAAGUAACGCUCAACAUAUGAAUAAAUCUCCGCAAUUUUUUAUGUAAUUAUAUUUUAAGAUUUAUUUUAUGUAAGUAAACCUAUUUUAUUAAAUUUCAAUAUAUUUUUUCAAUUUAUUAUAAAAUACGUAAAAAAAAAAAAACAAAUAACUAAUAAUAGUAGUACAUUAUAUUGCUUAUAUCUCUUAAAUUUACAUAUUUUAUAUAAAUUGUUUAUUACAGGUCGGAAUCUCCAAUGUCUUCCAGUAUUCCGAAUGAUGAUGAUUGCUCAAUGACUGGGUUUGAUUCCCAAGCACAUCCCAGUUUUUCAUUGUCUGAUAUUAAAACGGAAAUUAAGACAGAAAAUAAUAAAACAGAAGUAAGUUUUACCUUUUAUUCUUAUUUAAUUAUAUUAAAUUAUUAGGGAAAUAAUACUCACAUAAAAUGUUUAAGAUAAAAAAGAAUAAUAGCAUACAUAUUGUAUAAUAUAACCCUUUAAUACAAAUACAAUAUUAGUUAGUUCUUAAUAUUAUAGUUUAUAUAUAAGUAUUUUAUUUUUGAUCUUCCGGAUAUAUGAAUUUUUUAAAUGUUCUUAGUUUUCUUCAAAUUUCAACUAUUCAAAUUAUCUAUUGUUUUUAGUUUUUAAUUAUGUCCUUUAACUGUUUUAAAAUUAAAAUAACAUACUUAAAUAUUGUAAACUAAUACUUACACUAACAUUUUGAAUUUGUUAAGGUUCAAUAUAUUGUUUGUUUUUUUUUUUUUUUUAAUUAUUAAUUGAACCAUCUAUAAAGUAACGUUUUGCAAUAAGCACAAGCGAUGUUGGCUUAACUAAAAAUAAGAUAAAACAUAUUAAAUUAAAAUUUGUUUAAUUACGAAGACAAUAGGCCUGAGCAGUGGAGCUAUCCAUUGACAAUACUUUAUAACUAAGAGUUAAUCAAUUAGUAAGUCAACACCAAGUUUAUUUUAGGUGCUUUUUAGUGUCAAUAGAAAUAGUAGGAACCGUUAAUUCUAAGAUUAGGGGGUUGUGAUGGUUGUAAAGAUUAGACUCUAAUCUUUACUCUAAUCAUUAGAGUGUAUGAGUUGGUAGAAAGUUUUGGCAAUGUUUUUUACUGUAGAAAUAGAGAUAUAUUUAUAAAGACAUUUGUGACAUGGUAUGGGGCUUUGACUAUUUGGAUUAUAUUAAUAUUGGUGGGCAUGUCAACUCUCCAAUAUUAAACACUGAAUUCGAAAUUAGUUUGAAGAAAGUUUAAUGUUUAGGUUAAUGUGUUUAGAUGUAAGAAGAAGUCAUAGUUGGCAAGUACAGUUGUUUAAGGUAAGGUGUUUUGUAUAAAUAUAGCUAUAUAGGUAGCCUAGGUUUAAUCCUUAAAUAAUAAAUAUUAUGUCCAGAUAAUAGUGGUAGGCGAUUUAAAUGGGAGGGCAAACAACUUGUUGGAAUGUGAACAUGAAUUGGAUGAAUCACGCUUUGUUGACUUUUACCCCCCCCCCUCUCUCUUCUUUAUACCAAGUUCAUAAAAUGUGGCUAAGAUUAGGUGAUUUUGAAUGAGAUUUUAGGCCAUUUCAGGAUUGGAGUGGAGAGCUAAGAGUGCCUUUUUAUUAAGCUGGGAAGUAUGAGUCUCAAAAUGGAGUAAUAUCUGUGUUAACAUAAGCAAUGUUUUAUUUAAUUUAAUAGCUACAUCAGCUGUGAUUUAGGUCAAAGCUUAGCGUUUUGUGCCGAAAUGGUUAGUGUAUUACAUAUAUUAUAAUUUGCUUGGUUGAAUGUAGUUGGGUGGAAGAGUGAUGAAUAGUGAACAGGCUAAGAAAUUGUUUACUUUUCCAAUUUGGUUUGGACAUAAAAUAUUACAAAUAUGGAUAGUAGAAAAAAAAGUAGUGGGAAAAAAUAACUUUUUCCAUAUCACUGAUAGUCCAUGUUCCAUCAGUCUUUCUCAGUAGGUACAAAAGGCUGAGAACAAAACAUUUUUCUUGUAGUUUACCAUAGCGAGUUGUCACUAGUUGAUAGGUAUACAUGAUGUUUUCUUAUUUAAUUGAAACUGCUUUUAUAUUUAUUGGAGGACUGUUUGGCUCUGUCAGAUAAUAAGGGCUCUACUUUAUUUUUGAGAUUAAGGCUCUAAUAUGUAGAGAAAGAUUUCAGUUGUAAUCUCUAGGGGUCUCUAUUAUCUUACAUCCAAAAUUGACUGAAUAACAUUUAAAAUUUAACCUACAAUAUUUGUAUUGUAUUUUUGAGUAAUUUAAUUUUUCCAAGGAAAUAUAUUUUUUUGAAUUUACUUCAAGAAUUAUUUUUCACAAAUUGAAUUAUUCAGUGUGAAUUUAUUUUCAUGAGUAUAAAAUAAAGGUGUUUGGCACAUUAAAAAUUAAAACAUAGUUUUAUAAAUUUUAAUUUAAAAUAACAAUGCUUUUUAAGAAAUUUAAUAUUAAUGUUUUUUAUUUUUAAUUGUACAGUCCUAUGAAGAUUUGGUUCCUGCUGCUAGAAGUUUAGAACUUAGUGAAUCUUCUAGUGAUUCAGAAUCAAGUAGUUCAUCAGAUAGUGAUAGUGAUGACUCAACAACAUCUCCCACUAAUCAACAAAGAAAUGUAGAAAAUCACCCGUUGCCCAUUUUUAAUUCUGCCAACACAAAUGGUAGUUUAAACAAAUCAAUAUUUAUGUAAAAUUAAAAAAAAUAUUUAUCAUUGUUUUGCUUUAGGUUUUAAAGGUCGUCUAGUAGAUCCAGGACGUAUUUUAGAUGAAGAUCUUCAACUUUCCGAAACAGAUUCAGACUGACUGCCAUUCUGCGGCAUAAUAAUAACAUACCAAAUACCCCAAAUCGAAGCCGUUCAGUCGUGCAACAAUGAUAAAAAAAUGUCUUAUAAUUAUGUAUUUUUUAACCUACUUAAAUCUCUUUUGAUUAAAAAUAAAUGUAAUUACAAAAAUUUAUUUUAUUUUGUGUAAGACAAACAAAUUAACAAGAAUAAACUUGUAUAUAAAUUACAAAAAAAAGUUUCAUUUGGCUAACAAAACAAGUUUACUAACGAGUUUGCAUACAUCAAAGGCUUCACAGGUGGAUGUGGUACAGCUGUAUAUGUUGUAAACUUUGGCUUAAGGCAUUGUCCUUCGAGUGUGAUAAACGCUCCUUUGUUGCCCAUUGUAUCGCAGUAAUUUGGAGCAGAAAACACAGUAAUACAUUUGGAAUCGUGUGCUUCUUCAUAACCAUUCGCUUUAACCUCAUGACUACGGAUAAUAUAAUCUAAAUUGUUUAAUUCGAUAAAUUUGUUUGUAAUAUCUGGUCCGAAUUGUACACCAACACCACGUUUACUUGGAGAACGUCCUGGAGCAUCUUGGGGAUCUGACCAUAAUAUAUCGCACAUUGGGCCUGCUUCUGGUGGCUGUCUAUUUCGGUAAAUAUUUUCAAUAUCCUUUAAUGUAACAUCAUCUUUAGAAAAUAAACCACCAUGCAUAACAAGAACACGUCUAUUGAUGCAGUGGGCAAGUGGAAGCCAAUUGUAAACUUCUGUAAACAAGUUAGCCAUUUCAACUGAAUAUUUAGAUUUAACUUCACCUUCAAAUCCAUACAUUCUAUUCAUAGUAACGCUUUCGUGGUUACCGCGAGACAUAAAGAACUUAUCAGGGAAAAGAAGUUUAAAACCAAACAAAGUAAAAAUACAUUCAACUGAAAAUGAUCCUCGGUCAACAAAAUCGCCAUUGAAUAAGUAAGGAUUUGUAUCUGAUGGUAAACCAUUUAAUUCAAAUAUGUUUAACAGAUCAUAGUACUGACCAUGAAUAUCACCACAUAUUGUAAAUAUUUCACCAGGUUUAAUAUUAAUGUAAACAAGAGUUGGCUGUUUUUCUAAAUAUUUUUUAACAUCCAACAAUAUUUUGUAAGCAUGUUUUUUAUGUAACUUACCCUGAUCUCGGUAAGUUUUAAUAAGCUCUUUCAUGAAAUCGAGUGUAACUCUUCCAUCAUCUAAAUUUGGUCCAAUAUAAUCAUCUUCAAUACUCAUUGAUUCAAUAUCUAUUUGUUCAGAAACACUUUUAGAAUCUUCUACAGAAAUAGCUUUUUCAAAAGCUAAUCGUUUAACCAUCUUAUUACACUCGGAAUAUUUACGAUUAGCAUCUUUAUCAGAAGGUAAAGCCUUUACAACAACUUCAUAGUCUUUUAGGGCUUCCUUAAAUUUACCAAGUGACAUAUACGCUGUUGCCCUUCGAUAAUAUCCUUUCAAGUACUUAGGAUCAAGUUGUAUAGCUUUUGAUGCAUCAGCUAAAGCAUAGCCGUAUGCUUCGGUUUUAGAAUGAGCAAAGCUACGAUUUGCAAAAUAUGCAGCGAAAUUAUGUGGUUUUGUUGACGAACUCUCACACAUUGCAAUAGCUUUAGAAUAUAAAUCAAUUGCUUCUGCAUAACGUUUGGCAGAAAAAUGAAGAUUCGCUUCUUCUUUCAUUCGUUCAGCAUGAGUUAUAUCAGCUUCGCGGUAAUCCAAUUUGCAUUCGCCGUUCAUUUUAAUAAAACUUGAAUUUAAUAAAAAAAAAUAUAAAAGAACACGAUAAUAAUUCAAACUUUAUUUGUGCGCUGACUAAUAAAAAAUUAAAAAAAUAAAUAAUAUUACUACAAUGGAUAUUUG